UUGGCUGCUUCAGGGAAUAGGGCACGCAGGGUGAAGAAUUUUGCUAGGCCCUUAGGAACCAGUUUCAGUUUGCUUGGAUUCUUUUUUGGCUUUUUGCUAUAGGUGCCAGAGUUUUCACAAAUGACUCAUCUUCCUCUCAGAUUUUCUUAGGCUGCAGUGAUUUAAGAAUCUUUGGGUCACUGUUACAUAGUUUCUCCUACCACAUGGAUUGUGGGGGAUAAAGUAGUCAUAUUGAAAGUCAAACCCGUUUCCAUCUCAUUCUGAGUGAUUCCUGUGGUGCAUAGAAAACUUUGUUUCUUCCUGAAAAAUGGUGUUUUAGUGAUUCAUUGUUUUCUGUGGGAGGAAGUUUACGACCUACUCUUCUUUUUCCCUUCCAGAGGGAAUUUGGGAAAGUUGCAAGCAAAACAUCAUUUCUCAAAGAAGAUUUUGGGUAACAGAAGUUCUGCAUAACAGGACAAACCAAGUUUAUCACCAUGAGUUGGAGCUUCCUGACUCGCCUGCUAGAGGAGAUUCACAACCAUUCCACAUUCGUAGGGAAGAUCUGGCUCACUGUAUUGAUUGUGUUUCGGAUUGUCCUAACAGCUGUAGGAGGAGAGUCCAUCUAUUAUGAUGAGCAAAGCAAAUUUGUGUGCAACACAGAACAGCCAGGCUGUGAGAAUGUCUGCUAUGAUGCCUUUGCACCACUCUCCCAUGUGCGGUUCUGGGUGUUCCAGAUCAUUCUAGUGGCCACUCCCUCGGUGAUGUACCUGGGCUACGCCAUUCAUAAGAUUGCCAAAAUGGAGCAUGGUGAGGUGGACAAGAAGGCGGCUCGGAGCAAACCCUAUGCUAUGCGUUGGAAACAGCACCGGGCCCUGGAAGAAACAGAAGAGGACCAUGAAGAGGAUCCCAUGAUGUAUCCAGAAAUGGAAUUAGAAAGUGAAAAAGAAAAUAAAGAGCAGAGCCAACCGAAACCCAAGCAUGAUGGCCGACGACGGAUUCGGGAGGAUGGGCUCAUGAAAAUCUAUGUACUACAGUUGCUGGCAAGGACCGUGUUUGAGGUGGGUUUUCUGAUAGGGCAAUAUUUCCUGUAUGGCUUCCAAGUCCAUCCAUUUUAUGUGUGCAGCAGACUUCCUUGCCCUCAUAAAAUAGACUGCUUUAUUUCUAGACCCACUGAAAAGACCAUCUUCCUUCUGAUAAUGUAUGGUGUUACAGGCCUCUGCCUAUUGCUUAACAUUUGGGAGAUGCUUCAUUUAGGGUUUGGGACCAUUCGAGACUCACUAAACAGUAAAAGGAGGGAACUUGAAGAUCCGGGUGCUUUUAAUUAUCCUUUCACUUGGAAUACACCAUCUGCUCCCCCUGGCUAUAACAUUGCUGUCAAACCAGAUCAAAUCCAAUACACCGAAUUGUCCAAUGCUAAGAUCGCCUAUAAGCAAAACAAAGCCAACAUCGCCCAGGAGCAGCAGUAUGGCAGCCACGAGGAGCACCUCCCAGCUGAUCUGGAGACUCUGCAGCGGGAGAUCAGAAUGGCUCAGGAACGCUUGGAUCUAGCAAUCCAGGCCUAUAAUCACCAAAAUAACCCCCAUGGUCCUCGCGAAAAAAAGGCCAAAGUGGGGUCCAAAGCUGGGUCCAACAAAAGCAGUGCUAGUAGCAAAUCAGGGGAUGGGAAGACCUCCGUCUGGAUUUAAUCUUUGCUGGGCUUAAAACUUGGGCUUUUCAUAGUUUAUGGUAAGCAACGGCUCACUGAAUAAUGACUUCCAUUGAGUAAACAUUUGGCUCUGGUUAUCUUCAGGGAUGCUGUUGGCUCAUGAUCCAAACUCAGGGGACUCUGAAGGUGGGGCUGGGAUGAGUGGGGAAAGGGAAACACAGUGUUCCAGGGCACAUGUUCUCAGCAAUAAUACAGUUGCAGAACUUUACAUUUGUGUCUUCCAGAUCCAGAGAAGAACAGAUAUAUUUAAAUCAUUCUUGUUGAACAGUUUUUGUAUGUACAGUAUUAUGGUACAUUUUUUUUUCUUUUUUUUUUUUUUUAGUAUGAGAACUUUUUUGUAUUUGUACAUUGAACUGUUGUAGUUAUACUUUUUUAUAUUAAAGGAAAAAAAUCCUUGUAA